AUAACGCCGGGAGCCAUGUUUGCAGCCUCCUCCCGGGAUGCGCGGCCGGGAGGAGGCCGAGGAGCCGCGCUGUCAGCCUGCGCUGGGCCGGGCCGGUGUCCGCGCGCCCCGGGGACGAGGCAGGGGCCGGGGCCGGGGCGCGGGUGGGCGGGCGGGCGGGCGGAGGGCCGGGCCUCGUGGUGGGCGCCGGCCGGCCGGGCGAGGGGCGAGGCGGCGGCUCGGCAGCCGGAGGGGCGUUCGCGGGCCCCGCGUGUUCGGGGCUUCGGGGCGGUCGGGCGGGCGCGGCCUGGCGCGCCGAGCGGGGGAGGGGCGGGCCCGGCCCGGGCGGCGGAGGUGGCGCAACCGCCGCCUCUCCCGGGGCCAAGUUUGAAAAAAGGACACGGUUCCCGCCAUUUUUCAAGCCUAAAAAUAAAACUUUCUUCCCCCGGCCCUCUCGCUCCCUUCCCUCCCUCCUCGCGCUCCGGCCUCUCCCCCACCCCCACGCCCGGCGGCUCUCGACCUCCUCGGGGCGGCUUCGCGGCGGCUUGGCCCCCCGACCCCCCUCGCCCUUCGCAGCGGCGGCGGAGCCCGGGGCGCCCGGUGCCCGGGAGGCUGGUCCCCUCAGUGUGGGCGGGCGGGCGGGCGGCGGCUCCUCUUCGCGCCAGUCGGUCGGGACGCGCCACAGGCCGCCGCAGCGCCAUGUUGGCGAGCGCGCGUCUCCCUCCGCUGCGUGAGGUUCGAGAACUUGUCCUGGACAACUGCAGAUCAAAUUAUGGGGAAAUUGAGGGCUUAACAGCUGAUUUCGUGAACUUAGAGUUCCUCAGUUUAAUAAAUGUAGGUUUGAUUUCAGUCUCAAACCUUCCCAAACUACCUAAGUUGAAAAAGCUUGAACUCAGUGAAAAUAGAGUCUUUGGAGGGCUGGACAUGUUAGCAGGAAACCUUCCAAAUCUCAAACAUCUAAACUUAAGUGGAAAUAAACUGAAAGAUAUUGGCACCUUGGAACCUUUGAAAAAGUUGGAAUGUCUGAAAAGCCUGGAUCUGUUUAACUGUGAGGUUACUAACUUGAAUGACUAUCGAGAGAGUGUCUUCAAGCUCCUGCCUCAGCUGAAGUACCUGGAUGGUUAUGACCGAGAUGAUGGAGAAGCCUCUGACUCAGAUGCUGUAGACGAAGAUGAAGAGGAUGAAGAUGAGGAAGAUGAAGAAGAUGAGUUUGAUGAUGAAGAGGAUGAAGAUGAAGAUGUUGAAGGGGAAGAGGAUGAAGAUGAAGUCAGUGGGGAGGACGAAGACCUGGGACAUGAUGGAGAGCUUGAUGAAGACGAAGAUGAUGAUGAUGAAGACGAAGAUGAAGAGGAGGAAGAAAGCGGGAAAGGUGAAAAGAGGAAGAGAGAAACAGAUGAUGAAGGAGAAGAUGAUUAAGACCCCAGACAAGCUGCAAAAAAAUGGGGAAAAAAACUGUUCAGUAUUGGUUGGACUGCUCAUGUGGAUUUGGUAGCUGUUUAAAAAUAAAAAAGAAAGGUAGCUCAGAUACAAACCCCAGGACACCCACCCACCCAAAGAGCCAAAGAAUAGUUCCUGUGACAUUCCGCCUUCCUCCGUUUAGUCCCUCUUGGAAAUCCACCACCAAGCUUUGGGGACAUCACCCCAACCAAAUUGUAAGCAUUGUUAGGUUUCCGUGUAAGACUCCGGCUGUAGCGUGGAUAGCUGUGAUUGGUGAGCCAACCAUCUGUGGCUGCCAGUUACACCAAGAUUGUAACAGCAUUUUUACUUUCUGUACAACAAAGCUUUGUAAAUAAAAUCUUAACAUUUUGGGUC